CGCUCUUGCUUUUUGAGCUUUUAUCGUACUCGGGAAGCAGCUUCAGCGGCGUUUAGUCCGCUGCCUGGUGAGGAAACCGGGCGAGGUUACCGGACUGACCGUUAACGCCCUUCCAUCUUUUUGUUGGUGGGAACUACAUAUGUAGCGUCUACAUACUUAGGCCUACAAAAUUAACCGGCUACUUGAUUGUUGAUCCCGCCCAGAAGAUUUACUUGGCAAAGAUAUAUAAUACUGUUUGAAAACAAUGGAGACUGAACAGCAAGAGGAGACCUUUACUAACACAGAGACAAAUGGCAAACGACCAGCUGAGGAUACAGAAGAGGAACAGGCCUUCAAAAGGUCAAGGAACACUGAUGAGAUGGUGGAACUGCGCAUUCUGCUUCAGAGUAAAAAUGCUGGAGCAGUAAUUGGCAAAGGUGGCAAAAAUAUUAAAGCACUUCGUACAGACUACAAUGCCAGUGUUUCAGUCCCAGACAGCAGUGGCCCCGAGCGUAUACUGAGUAUAAGUGCAGAUAUUGAAACAAUUGGAGAAAUUCUGAAGAAAAUUAUCCCAACAUUGGAGGAAUACCAGCAUUACAAAGGAAGUGACUUUGACUGUGAAUUGAGACUAUUGAUUCAUCAAAGUUUGGCGGGAGGAAUUAUUGGUGUCAAGGGAGCUAAAAUCAAAGAACUUCGAGAGAACACUCAAACCACUAUUAAGCUUUUCCAAGAAUGUUGCCCUCAUUCUUCUGACAGAGUGGUACUAAUUGGUGGAAAACCUGAUAGAGUUGUGGAAUGCAUCAAAAUAAUACUGGAUCUUAUAUCAGAGUCACCAAUUAAAGGACGGGCACAGCCUUAUGACCCCAAUUUUUAUGAUGAAACUUAUGACUAUGGUGGAUUUACAAUGAUGUUUGAUGACAGAAGAGGACGUCCUGUGGGGUUUCCAAUGCGGGGCAGAGGGGGAUUUGAUCGAAUGCCUCCUGGCCGUGGUCGCCCCAUGCCUCCACGAAGAGAUUAUGAUGAUAUGAGCCCUCGCAGAGGACCGCCUCCACCUCCUCCAGGUCGUGGUGGUAGAGGUGGCAGCAGAGCUCGCAAUCUUCCUCUUCCUCCCCCUCCUCCUCCUAGAGGCGGGGACCUUAUGUCUUAUGAUCGAAGAGGCAGACCUGGGGAUCGUUAUGAUGGAAUGAUGAUGCAGUGUCAUGUCAGUGCUUGUGAUGACAUAGAAACACCAGAAAUGUUCGAGGGUGGAUCAGGUUAUGACUAUUCUUAUGCAGGGGGUCGUGGUUCUUACGGAGAUCUUGGUGGACCCAUCAUUACAACACAAGUAACAAUACCCAAAGAUCUGGCUGGUUCCAUUAUUGGAAAAGGCGGUCAGAGGAUUAAACAGAUACGCCAUGAGUCAGGAGCUUCAAUCAAAAUUGAUGAACCCUUAGAGGGCUCAGAAGAUCGAAUAAUAACUAUUACAGGCACACAGGAUCAGAUUCAAAAUGCACAGUAUUUACUGCAAAACAGUGUGAAGCAGUAUGCAGAUGUUGAAGGAUUCUAAUGCAAGAUAUUUUUUCUUUUUUAUAGUGUGAAGCAGUAUUCUGGAAAGUUUUUCUAAGACUAGUGAAGAACUGAAGGAGUCCUGCAUCUUUUUUUUUUCUUAAAAUCUGCUUCUGUUUAAAAAGCCAACAUUCCUCUGCUUCAUAGGUGUUCUGCAUUUGAAGUGUAGUGAAAUUUUUGCUGUCACCAGAUGUAAUGUUUUAUUUCUUUACAUAUAGGUGGGAGGGGCUGGGACAGCCUGCAAAACUAAUAUUGGUAUUUUGAAACAGCAGCAGAGAUAGUAGAUUUUUAUUUUUUCUAUGUUGGUUGUAAACUGUAAUGUUUUUUGUCACUUGUGAACCCAUCUGCUUCAUACUUUUUUUGUUUUUCAAAUGGGGUAGUAAAGCUGAUAGUCUACUUACCCCAACAUCCAUUCAACGCAGUGUGCGAAAUGUAAGCGCUCUUUUGUAAAAUGUUCUAUGAUUUUAAGAAUAAAUUUAGUGAAACAAUUCUUGCAGUUCUUUCUUUAUGAAUAUUUCCAUAGUUAAAAUACACUCUACAGUCUACAUUUAUUGUGCUUGGCUUUUUUUCACUUCUCUA